CCGGAGCCGGUCACAUGACUAUGAUGUCACCGCAGGUCCUUCAGCCCAUUGUUGGCGCUUAGCGUGUGUCUCCCGGUUUCUGUUGUUGGUGUGUGGGGUCCCGGUAGUGGCCGGUAUCGGUAUACAAGCUGGAGAUGAGCGGAGGAGUAUACGGUGGAGAUGAAGUUGGAGCCUUGGUGUUUGAUAUUGGCUCGUUUUCGGUACGUGCCGGGUAUGCAGGAGAAGAUUGUCCAAAGGUAGAUUUUCCUACAACGAUUGGUGUGGUACUUGAUAGAGAAGAUGGAGGCACACAGAUGGAAACUGACGGAGAGCCAAAUAAAUCAAGAAGUCCUACCUAUUAUAUUGAUACAAAUGCACUCAGGGUACCACGAGAAAACAUGGAGGCUUUUUCACCUCUCAAAAAUGGAAUGAUUGAAGAUUGGGACAGUUUUCAAGCUAUUUUAGACCACACUUACAAAACACACAUCAAGUCAGAAGCCAGUUUACAUCCGGUGUUGAUGUCCGAGGCUGCUUGGAAUACAAGAGCAAAACGAGAGAAGCUGACAGAGCUGAUGUUCGAACAUUACAAUAUUCCAGCGUUCUUCCUGUGCAAAACUGCUGUUCUCACUGCAUUUGCUAAUGGUCGAUCUACAGGUCUGAUUUUGGAUAGUGGGUCCACACAUACUACAGCCAUUCCAGUCCAUGAUGGAUAUGUACUUCAACAAGGUAUUGUAAAAUCUCCGCUUGCUGGCGACUUCAUUACUAUGCAAUGCAGAGAGUUAUUUCAAGAGAUGAGUGUGGAUCUGAUUCCCCCAUACAUGAUUGCUUCAAAGGAACCAGUACGGGAAGGAGCUCCAGCCAAUUGGAAGAAAAAAGAGAAACUACCUCAGGUCACUCGCUCCUGGCAUAAUUAUAUGUGCAGUAGUGUGAUUCAGGAUUUCCAGGCAUCUGUGCUUCAAGUGUCGGACUCCACCUAUGAUGAGCAGGUAGCAGCUCAGAUGCCUACAGUCCAUUAUGAGUAUCCGAACGGUUAUAAUUGUGACUUCGGAGCGGAACGUUUGAAAAUUCCUGAAGGGUUAUUUGAUCCUUCAAAUGUUAAGGGCUUGUCUGGCAACACUAUGCUUGGUGUCAGCCAUGUUGUUACAACAAGUGUUGGAAUGUGUGAUAUUGACAUCAGACCAGGAUUGUAUGGGAGUGUGAUUGUAGCAGGAGGAAAUACAUUAUUACAAGGAUUUACUGACAGACUUACUAGAGAACUCUCACAGAAAACUCCUCCGAGCAUGAGGUUAAAAUUGAUUGCAAACAACACAACAGUGGAAAGGCGGUUUAGUUCAUGGAUCGGUGGUUCUAUCCUUGCUUCUCUGGGGACCUUCCAACAGAUGUGGAUUUCCAAACAGGAAUAUGAAGAAGGAGGAAAGCAGUGUGUGGAGAGAAAGUGCCCUUAGCCUGUUACAGACCUUUUACUUUUCCUUGUGCCCUUUUCUAAAAUAGCUUUAGUGUACUCAGGAAACCCAUGGACUUCUUUUGUAGUUUAUACUUUUUUUUUUUUUUUUCACUUCACUCCUCAAUAUACAUUUGUCAGGUUGCCAGACACAUGCAUACAACAUGCAUGUGUUUCCAAGCAAUAACCUCCUAUUUUUUUAAUCUUCUUUUUGAAGCUCCCUUCCUCCCGUGUUGUGUUUUUUUUUUUUAAAGUGCUGUUUCCGAAGACAAUGAUAUAUAGUAAGAUUUGUUGGCCACAGGAAUUAGUUAAUAAUGCCAGCCUAAAUGAUUUUGUAAUAAAAUAUUUAAAAUGUUAUUGCAGUUUUUUAAGCGUAUCGGUGAACAUGCUAAUGAAUUGUUGGAUAUUAAAGUCACUGCCUAAACAUAAA